AUGAUGUGUGAAUCCUACACCUGCGUUGCUCCUGUGGGACUGCCCUCUCUCCCAUCCUACCUUGGCUCGACCGCCAUCCCGAAUGACACAGUAACUAUCCGGACCAGGAAGUUCAUGACCAACCGACUACUUCAGCGGAAACAGAUGGUCAUCGAUGUUCUUCACCCCGGAAAGGCAACAGUACCUAAGACAGAAAUUGGGGAAAAACUAGCCAAAAUGUACAAGACCACACCAGAUGUCAUCUUUGUAUUUGGAUUCAGAACCCAUUUUGGAGGUGGCAAGACAACUGGCUUUGGCAUGAUUUAUGAUUCCUUGGAUUAUGCAAAGAAAAAUGAACCCAAACAUAGACUUGCACGACAUGGCCUGUAUGAGAAGAAAAAGACGUCGAGAAAACAGCGAAAGGAACGCAAGAACCGAAUGAAGAAAGUCAGGGGAACUGCAAAAGCUAAUGUUGGUGCUGGCAAAAAGUGAGCUGGAGAUUGGACAACAGAAGGGGUAAAGAUGCUUCAGGGACUAUCUGGCGAUUGUGCAGAUUUUUCAUGAGAGGAUUAAUAAACUAAGAACUUUUAUGUGU